CGACCCCCAUGCAGGCAACAUGAGGCGCGCCUGGCUCGUCGUGUCGGCUGCUCUCUGGCUGUGCCUCUGGGCGCCCGCGCCUGCCCUCUCGCAGGAAGCCGAAGCCGACACCGAAGCUGAAACCGAAGCCGAAGCCGAAGCGGAAGCCGAAGCCGACGCCGAAGUCGACACCACAGUGUCGGUCCAAGUCGUUGAAGAAAACUGGACUAUUGUUCUUCAACCCAGAUGUUGUUCGGACUGCACGUUUGUAUCCAGAGGCUUCAAGUGCAAAGUGAAAAGCUGUCUCAGUAACUGUCCUUGGGCGAGAAGUUCAGCAACACCUUCUGCAGUGCCUUUGUUCUAGUGCAUCAUGGAGAUGGCUUAUGGCAAAUAAUUCGUCGAUUCGUUCGAUGCAAAACAGCUGAAGAGCUUUUCACAUAAAAAUGUGAAUCUUGCAACACUGUCAGCGGUGUCUGGAUAUGUAGCAGAGGCAUCAGAAAUCCAUCUGACAGGAAGUUGCAGAUACUGCAGCGCUUUGGGAUGCAAUCCAAAUAGUCUUGCUAUAAUUUCAUUGAUCUCUCUCAUCAUUCAUGGAUGGAUGUUACUUCAGUACUGUUAUUUUACCACUGACUCUUCAAAUCGUUUCAUAAAAUAUUUAUUGUUUGUCUAGACAUAAAAAUCCUAAAUCAAAGAGUUAAAUUUGUGUGAGAGGCUUUUCUGACUGACAACAGUUCAAAAGAGUCAAUGAAAAGUAUCCCAUACAGGUCACAUGUUUUAGUAAAAUAUUUAGAAACGAAUUAAGAACUGCAGUUGAGAAUCGUAAGUGGAUAAUGUUUUAGAGCUAUUUAAUCUAAAAUUGAUUAAAUGGAUCAUAUUAUAAAAUGAAAAUAAUAUUUCCAAUACUAAAAACUAAGUAAAUUCACCAUUACGAUUCAUUGCUGAAGAAUAUUUUCAAAUUCCUGUUUCUCUUUGGUUACACUGCACAGAAGUAAAAAGUGUGACGUUCAGUCGAACGUGCUGAGUAUAUAUAAGAAGUAUUCAGAGACAUAAGAUGAAAGAUACUCAGAUAACUGAAAUAUUUAUUAAUUAAUUGAGUGUGUGUGUUGUGCCAUAUUAAUGUAACCAUGCAGCUGGUAUUUUUAACAUCACAGUUUAUUUUGCAUUUGGAGAACUCAUUCUCAUAGCACAUUUAGUGAAACUUAUGACAAAACAUAUCUUUCAAAGAAGUAGCAUAAGUUUAAAAUUAUUUUGUAGAAUGUCGAGGCACAUAUUUCAAUGAAAUACUAAACAAUUUAUUUGCAGAAUCAAAAGCUCUAAAGUAAAAUUAUGCAGAUGAUA